UGCGGUUUGGCCGGAAGCGCCUAGUGCUCCGGGACCAGCUGGGCCCACACCCAGAGAGCCUCGCAGUGACGUCACGCGCUCCGCCCACGGCUCCCAGAGUGCUCCAGGCCAGACCGGCGCGUCUUUUGUUUGCGCUUGCGCAAAAGCAGGUGCACAACACCGCCUUCAACCGGGGCAAGCUGCGCAAUGUGGGGUUCUGGGAGGCCAUGCAGGAGGAGGAAUGGGACUGUGUCUUUUUCCACGAUGUGAACCUCCUCCCAGAGGAUGACUGCAACCUCUACAUCUGUGACAUCUAUCCUCCUCAUGUGUCUGUGGCCACUGACAAGUUCAACUACAAGCUGCAACUGAGCGGGAUGCUCCUCUCCCGACCCCAUCGGCUCUUUGGCCGCUACCACAUGCUGGAGGGGCAGGACCCCAGCCACCAGCAGAGCCCCCAGAGCCCUGGCCUUCUGGCCUCAAUCCGCCGCAGAUGGCAGCAGGAUGGCAUAAACUCACUUGGCUACAGGCUGCUCUCCAAGGAGCUGCAGCCCCUCUACACCAGCCUCACCGUGGACAUCAACUUCCCAACUUCCCAGCCCUAG